AUGGCACCACGACUACUCCUUUUCGCUGGCGCACCGCCUCCUUCAUCUCUCACAACACAAUCUUGUACAAUAACACAAAUCGACGACUCCUUCGCUGAGUUUCUUGGGCUAGCCCCUCAAGGAACAGCUCCGAUAUCAUCUCCAAGUCCUGCCCCGUGGCGUUCUCUGCCGCUGAACAGAAAACCGCUUCACACAGGGUUCAGCCAGACCCAUAAUAUCAGCAUCAACCUCGCCAACCAAUCUGAAUUCUUCACCACGGCUGAGAUUUCGUUUAAGGAACAAUCUCAGUCUUUUGGUGACCAAGACCCAGAGAAUCUUGAUAGUUUCGAGGAGACGACAUUUGAGGAGACAUCGUUUAUGACGACUUCUUCGGCAGGGAAUUUGGAUAUGAGAGAUGCUGUCCCUUCUCACCUCUCUGAUCUGGAAGAUAUACCGCCGGCUCGGAGGAUUCUAGCUCUCAAUCCCCAAACUAUCACCCUCAACAUUAUUGCCGGCAUUAUAUCCAUCGCACAGCCACGAACUGUCACAACGCGUUGGGGUCGCAGCCUCUCUUUAGUGGAGAUUCUCCUCGGCGACAAUACAAAGACAGGCUUCGCUGUGACGUUUUGGCUUGCGGAGGAGAAUAAUGCAGCUGCUGAGAUUAGUGCCCUUCGGCGUCAGGACGUAGUUCUCAUGCAGAACGUGGCUCUUCACGUUUUCAAGGACAAAGUCUAUGGUCAGAGUCUCCGUAGGGGCAUGACCAAGGUGAGUCUGUUAUGGAGAAGGGAUGGGUCUGGGCUUUAUUCGACGCGAGAGCUCUCCAAGCGCGGCCAGAUGCACCCGCAGUUACAAAAGGUCAAGCAAGUAAAAGAUUGGGUGCUCAAGUUCGUAGGAGCUGAUGUUGGAGUAACAACAAGAGCUAGGAAAGCAAGGGUUUCAUGGGACAGACCACCAGAUGAUACACAAUGA